CCAGAACGUCAACAUUGUGAGCGAAACAGAGCUGGCGGGAACACGUACCUCUCCUCUCUCGCUUCACUUGAUCAACUUAUAUUCGGCUUUUUAAGAACAGACCCAUCCUUCCCCCGCCCCUUCGGUCACAAUGGGACCUCACAACCAAGAGAAACCCGUCGAGAAAAACGCGGAGGGCGCCGGAGAGUUAGCCCCAGCGUCGGCCUCUGCCUCGUCGCACCCUCCUUCGCAGGUGUGGCUGAGAUCCUGUGAGAAGGAGACCGUCAAACCCGUCGAAGGGAAACAGUCAGGGCGCGUACCGAAGUGGCUGAGCGGGCGGCUGACCCGAAACGGGCCCGGAAGAGUCCAGUACGGAAAGACCCGCUUCAACCACCUGUUCGAUGGCUCGGCCUACCUCCACCAGUUCAACAUCGCCUCCGGAAAGGUCACCUACCAGUCAAGGUACCUCCAGAGCGACACCUACAGGAGGAAUACAGAAGCCGAUCGAAUCGUGGUCUCGGAGUUCGGUACAGUGGCGUAUCCGGACCCUUGCAAGACCAUACUGCAGAGGUUCAUGAGCAAGUUCGAACCACCGGGCAAGAACGCAUCCGAUAACUGCGUGGUGAGCGUGAUGCACCUUGGCGACGAGAUGUACGCGCUCACUGAGACUCCUCACUUGCGUCGUGUGGACCCCGCCACGCUGGAGUGUGUGGGAGAUAGGACGAAACUGGAAGAAUAUAUCGCCGUGAACCAGGCUACAGCGCACCCGCAUGUUGACCCAGACGGGACUGUCUACAACAUGGGCAACUCGUUCUCUGGGAAGAAAGGCCCAACAUACAACAUUAUCAAAUUCCCUCCGGCGAAGGAGGUUGAUGGGGAGGUGAUCUCCUCUCUCGAGCAAGCGGAGAUCGUGGCCUCCAUCCCCUGCCAGUGGAAGAUGUAUCCCUCUUAUUACCACUCCUUCGGCAUCUCCGACGAGUACUUCGUUUUCGUGGAGCAGCCUUUCGUGUUCAGUCUGAGGAAGUUCCUCUUCAACCACUUUCUGGGGAAGCCAUACUUGGGGGCUAUUGAGUGGUAUCCCGACCAGAAGACAAAGUUCCGUGUAGUGAAACGAGAGACUGGAGAAGUUCUGAAGACGUCCUACACUGCAGACGCUUUCCUAACCUUCCAUCACACCAAUGCCUACGUAAAGGACGGCCAGUUGGUGGUGGACUUGGCGGCCAUGGACGACGGCCAGGUAAUUCACCAGGUGAUGCUCAACAACCUAGCGGACCCGGAGUUUGAGUCUCCACCAGCAACUAUGCCAACACAUCGGCGCUUUGUACUGCCUCUCAAUGUCGAAGAUUCACCGGUCGACAGUAACCUGGUGACCCUCUCCGGCACGAAAUGCACGGCCAUCAAGCGCCAGUCCGGAGAAGUGGAGGUUCAAGGGGAGAUCAUCGCCGACCAGUACUUCGAUCUUCCUCGCAUAAAUUACCGGUAUAAUGGAAAGGAAUACAAGUACGCCUACGGGGUGGAAAUUAAUCCGAGGGGCACGGAGUUUGCGAAGCUGGUGAAGAUGAACGUGAACACCGGCGAAACAAAGACGUGGCACGAAGAGGGAAAGCUGGUGAGCGAGCCUGUGUUCGUGGCCGCUCCCGACUCCACCAAAGAGGACCAGGGUGCCGUCCUCUCUACUCUUCUCAGCAAGGAAGACCCAACGUUCGUGGCGCUGCUGGUUCUGGACCCUGCCAAGUGGACAGAAAUAGCACGCGUGGUGUUUAAAGCUCAGGGCACAGUCACCCCUACCUUUCAUGGACAGUUUGCUGGUACCAAUGAGAAGGUCCAUCUGUUCUAAGAGGUUUCACAAAACUGGCAGAUACUCGACUGAAUAUGUAUCCUCCUUUCAUACAUACUCUCAUGCAUAUUGAGCAUUUCUUGAGAUCUGAGUUCUUAUGAAGUGCUGAAAAUACAAAAGGGGAAGAAAGAAAUGGCCGAAUAUCAUGUCUUAUUUUUAAAAAAUGAAGUGAUUUUGAAUCUUAACGCUUAAGAAAAUUAAUUAUUUCUGUGUGUUCGUUGUCCUGCAUUUUUAUUGCUUGAUAUGCAUCUUUGUGUGCUUAGUUCUAAGUCAAACCUGAGAGAGAGAUAUACAACACACACACACACACACACACACACACACACACACACACACACACACACACACACACACACACACACACACACACACACACACACACACACACACUCACACACACAUAUCUAUAUGUAUGUAAAUGUAUAUACAUUUAUAUAUAUUUAUGUGUAUAUAUAUAUAUAUAUAUAUAUAUAUAUAUAUAUAUAUAUAUAUAUAUAUAUAUAUAUAUAUACCAUCUUUGUACUUGUAUGUACGUGUGUGUGUGUAUGUAAAUCUUUUACUGAGAACCUUUAUGUAUGAUUUGAUUAUAUAUCAUCCAGAACUGCUAUUCUAAUCUCUAAGUCAUAGUAUUUUCAGAUUUUCUAUCAUGGAAUUUAUAAUGUCCAGUAAGAUUAUCCCUAAAUAUCUUUCUGGACACAAUGUGUAAACAUCAUAUUCUCUAGUGUUACAGCAACUCCCACAAGAAUGUGCUGUAGAAAUAGUCACUACCUGUAAAACAGAUAUUGUAUUUUACUAUUAAAGCAUAAAGUGAA